GACCAGCGCUUGCACACCUGACGUAACAGCGCUGUGAUCUUUACCCCAACAUAUUCAUUAAAUUAUUGCAUUUAGCCGGUCCGUCAACAUGCUGAAGCUCCAACUGACCCAACUUCUGCGGCAUUCCGUGGCCAGCCAGCUGAGGCGCAGCCAAACACGUCUCAUACACGUGGGUGAUGCGAAUGUGCUGAGCAGCGAAAUAGAUAAGCAAUCAGCGGAAUAUAAGGACAAUGCCAAGGAAAUGAGCAAGCUGGUCACACAGCUGCGCAAUGUGACCAGCCAAGUGCUGACAGGAGGCGGCGCCAAGGCCAACGAGCGCCACACGUCGCGUGGCAAGUUGUUGGCGCGGGAGCGCAUCAAUCUGCUGCUGGACAAGGGUUCGCCAUUCCUCGAGCUCAGCACGCUGGCCGGCUACGAGCUCUACGGCGAAGAGGUGGUCAAUUCGGGGGGCAUUGUCACCGGCGUGGGAAGAGUCUGCGGCACGGAGUGCGUUGUGGUGGCCAAUGAUGCAACGGUUAAGGGUGGUAGCUACUACCCCAUCACGGUCAAGAAGCAUCUGCGUGCCCAGGAAGUGGCGCAGGAGAAUCGGCUGCCUUGCGUUUAUCUGGUGGAUUCGGGAGGGGCGAAUUUGCCACGCCAGGCGGAGGUGUUUCCGGACAAGCUACACUUUGGGCGCAUAUUCUACAACCAAGCGAACUUGUCGGCACAGGGCAUACCACAGAUUGCGGUCGUCAUGGGCAGCUGCACCGCUGGAGGCGCCUAUGUGCCCGCCAUGGCGGAUGAGAGCAUUAUUGUGAGAAGGCAGGGCACCAUCUUUCUGGCCGGACCACCGCUGGUGAAGGCGGCAACGGGCGAAGAAGUCUCUGCGGAGGAUUUGGGUGGCGCCGAUCUGCAUUGCAAGACAUCCGGCGUAACGGAUCACUAUGCGGUGGAUGAUGAGCACGCCUUGUAUUUGGCCAGGCAGAUUGUCAGCAAUCUGAAUACGCCGGCAACAAACGCGUACAACGAUCAACUGCUCCACUCCAUAGCGACAACGCCUCUGGACUCGACUGCUGCUGCUGUGGAGGAGCCGCUCUACGAUCCGCUUGAGCUUUACGGGAUUGUUGGCCCAAAUCUGACGAAGAGUUUCGAUGUACGCGAUGUGAUUGCUCGGAUUGUGGAUGGCAGUCGCUUCACGGAAUUCAAGAAACUCUACGGCGAGACGCUGGUCUGUGGCUUUGCGAAGCUCUAUGGCCGCACCGUUGGCAUUGUGGGCAACAACGGAGUCCUCUUCUCGGAGAGCGCCCUCAAAGGUGCCCAUUUCAUUCAGUUGUGUGCACAGCGAAAGAUUCCCCUGGUCUUUCUGCAGAAUAUUACGGGCUUCAUGGUUGGUCGCGAUGCGGAGGCGCAUGGCAUUGCCAAAAAUGGCGCCAAGAUGGUCACAGCGGUUGCCUGUGCAAAUGUGCCCAAAUUGACGGUGAUCAUUGGUGGCUCGUAUGGCGCCGGCAAUUAUGGCAUGUGUGGACGCGCCUAUUCACCCCGAUUCCUCUACAUGUGGCCCAAUUCACGCAUCUCUGUCAUGGGCGGUGUUCAGGCAGCGAAUGUUUUGGCCCAGAUUACCGAGGAUCAGCGGAAGCGUGCCAGCAAAGAAUUUAGCGAGGCGGAGGCUCUGAAAAUUAAACAGCCAAUUGUGGAGAUGUUUGAGAGGGAGGGUUCUCCCUAUUACAGCACGGCUCGCUUGUGGGACGAUGGCAUCAUCGAUCCGGCGAAUACCCGCCAGGUGCUCGGCCUCAGUUUGAAGGCGGCUCUCAAUAACGCUGGCCAUGACACCAAGUUUGGUGUGUUCCGCAUGUAAAAGUGUGUAUUUUUAUUGCAUUUCGUGGGCAUUUAAUGCUCUAACUGUUGAAACUGUUGCAUUUAUUAGUGUUAAGUCUAAAUGUCGUUUUUCGCGGGCGUGGCCCGCAAACUUUUUAAAUUUUUAAUAAAAAUCGAUUGCAUAAA